CCGAUGACCCAUUACUGCAGGCUCAAUUGUUUGAAGAAUUCAAGGAAACAUUUUGCCCUAAUGUACCAAGGAAGUGAGUCAUUUGUUCACGACUCCUGAUGAUAACUCUAUCUAAAAAGAUCAAAGAGGAGAGAGAAAGAAAGGAGAAGGGUCGAAGCUCUAGUGAUACGCGGAAAGGACAGAAAAUAUCAAUAAGAGAUGCGUUACUAACUAAAGAAGCACAAGAAAUGGAAGAAAACAUACCAGAUACAUGCCAAAUCACUUUUAAAGACCCGGACAAAUUAUAUGAUUUUUAUCUGACUGUCGUUCCAGAUGAAGGAUUCUGGAAAGAUGGAAUUUUCAAGUUUCAUAUUAUGAUCCCUGAAGAAUAUAAUAUCAAGCCUCCUUAUGUAAACUGUAGUACAAAGAUAUGGCAUCCCAAUAUCAGUGAGUCUGGGGAGGUGUGUCUGAGUUUGUUAAGGGAGCACACUCUUGAUGGUUCUGGCUGGGCACCGACAAGGCAUCUCAAGGAUGUAGUGUGGGGACUCAACUCAUUAUUUACAGAUUUAUUAAACUUUGAAGAUCCACUAAAUGUGGAGGCAUCACAAAUGUUUGAAAAAAAUAAGGAUUCGUUCAAGAGAAAGGUAGACGACUAUAUCAGGAUGUAUGCUUCAUCAAGAAGAUAGCAGUUACUACUGGUCCUGUCAACCAAAUUAGCAAUGUCAUGAAUUGUGGUUUACUGUUGUAAAUAUUUGGAAAAUAACAUUAUUCUUUUUCAUCAAGAUAUUUAGUUGGCUUUUGUCCCAAGCAUUUUUUUUUGUUGAGUUAACAUGAUGCUUUUUUCAGAAACAAUUUAUAUUAAAAACAAUUGGAUUCAAGGGCCUCUAUAAAAAAUAAUCGGAUUCUAUAAAAGAAUCUCAAAAUAUGGAUUGGAAACCUGCAGCCAGAAUUAAAACAUUAUCACGACGUCGUCGCUAAAAAGGAUAGGUUACAAUGUAUAACUAGAGAAAUAUUAUUUUGUAAUCUUCAAAUUUGGUCCUACAGAUUUAUGUAGUUGUUAAAAAUAAGAAAAAAAACAGUUUUUGAAAUAUUCUAGCUUCAUAGCAUAGGGAGAGUAUGAAGAAGUUGUAUUUCCAGCACCUAUUACUAAAGUCUGUUAAAAUAAUUUUCUAAUGUGCUUGUUUGUUUGAAUACUUACUGUAGGUAGGCAAAGGAAAAAAAAUACAGUAAAAUACAUACUUGCGUUGCUUGCUGAAA